AUUCAUUUCCAACCACCUGCUCGCCGAAGAAGCACCCUGAGUAUCGAAGCUGGUAGCUACUACGAGUCGCAGCCCCGAAGAGAACGACGAGCAUCUCACAAUCAGUGCAACUUUUCACCGACCUCCCCUAACCGUAAGCCGAUUCGCGCUUCCCUGAAGAACCAUGAAGACGUCGAUCCUCUCAACGGCUUCCUCUCGACCCUUCGUCGGCCUCCUUAUACUUUUCGUUUUAUGCUUCGCCAUUGAAGUCUCCGCCAAAAGAGGCUGCUCAGCUUUCGGUCACUCCUGCUUCGGAGGACACGGGAAGAGGUCGGGACCCUCCGACCGCAUCGAAGACGGUCUUCAGGAAGUCGUCGAUGAUUCGGGUCUGAACCAGGAAGGCCAUCAGGAAUACGAGAGCCUGAGAGGAGGUGGGGAAAUCCUCUUAGCCGACGCUGGUCAGGUUUACCAGGAUCGUCCGAUGCCCCGUUUCCAGCCUCCGCAGGUCCUCAGCCUGCAGGAGCAGCGUCCUCGCUAUAAUCUAUCCCCGUUCAUCAGGCAAUGGCUGGCCUCUUACCGCAAUGGAAACUCCGCUGACUACGAGGCGAAGUAGGAUUCGAGAUAUCCGAAUACCAACCACGUCGUUUACAGCGUUGCGACUAUUUACGGAUAACACGACAAGGAAUAUAUAGUGAUGGUACUACUGAUAA